AGGAGCAUCUCUCAUAAGGGGACGGCGCGGACCAUGUCUGGGAGGAAGCCCAGCGGCUCCCCGGACACAAGAGAAGAACGACAGUGAUGCUGCAGAACCAGGGGGAGCGAUUCGCCGACGUCGCUCUCUGCGCUCUCGGAGACCCCCAAUGCCCGCCUUCUUCAGGGGAAGCGACUAUGGCCACAGCUUGUGAUUUUGCCCCUAGCCACUUCUCUUAGAAAAAAAAUCCUUGAAAAAGUUGCAUUUAAAAAAUCCUUGCUCCGACCUUUGGAGCCGUGAGGGCUGAAGAAGCGUUUGUGCAAGUGCAAGCAAGAAAGUGGAAGGUGUGUGUGCAUGGGGGUCCCGCGGUGGGGGCGCCCUCCGCUGCCACUUCGCCUAGCGUCGUGCUGAGGUUCUGGUCUUCAUCCCCCGCCCCUCACCCUGGGACCCUGGGGCUGCGAUGAGCCCCUGCGGGCGGGCCCGGCGACACACGUCCAGAGGGGCCAUGGCUGUACUGGCGUGCAAGUUCCCGCGGACCCGGCUGCCAGUGGGAGCCAGUGCCCUCUGUAUCGUGGUCCUCUGUUGGCUCUACAUCUUCCCCGUCUACCGGCUGCCCAACGAGAAGGAGAUCGUGCAGGGGGUGUUGCAACAGGGCACGGCGUGGAGGAAGAACCAGACAGCGGCCAGACUUUUCAGGAAACAGAUGGAAGACUGCUGUGACCCCGCCCAUCUCUUUGCUAUGACUAAAAUGAAUUCUCCCAUGGGGAAGAGCAUGUGGUAUGAUGGGGAGUUUUUAUACUCAUUCACCAUUGACAAUUCAACUUAUUCUCUCUUCCCCCAGGCAACCCCAUUCCAGCUGCCCUUGAAGAAAUGUGCGGUGGUGGGAAAUGGUGGGAUUCUGAAGAAGAGUGGCUGUGGCCGUCAAAUAGAUGAAGCAAAUUUUGUCAUGCGAUGCAAUCUUCCUCCCUUGUCAAGUGAAUACACUAAAGAUGUUGGGUCCAAAAGUCAUCUAGUGACAGCUAACCCCAGCAUAAUUCGGCAAAGGUUUCAGAACCUGCUGUGGUCCAGAAAGACAUUUGUGGACAACAUGAAAAUUUAUAACCACAGUUACAUCUACAUGCCUGCUUUCUCUAUGAAGACAGGAACAGAGCCAUCCCUCCGGGUCUAUUACACGCUAUCAGAUGUCGGUGCGAAUCAAACAGUGCUCUUUGCUAACCCCAACUUUCUGCGUAGCAUUGGGAAGUUCUGGAAAAGUAGGGGAAUUCAUGCCAAACGCCUGUCCACGGGGCUCUUUCUGGUGAGCGCAGCCCUGGGCCUCUGUGAGGAGGUGGCCAUCUAUGGCUUCUGGCCCUUCUCUGUGAAUAUGCAUGAGCAGCCCAUCAGUCACCACUACUAUGAUAAUGUCUUGCCCUUCUCUGGCUUUCAUGCCAUGCCGGAGGAGUUUCUCCAACUCUGGUAUCUUCAUAAAGUCGGUGCACUGAGAAUGCAGCUAGACCCGUGUGAGGACACCUCGCUGCAGCCCACCUCCUAGGGACAGUGGGAAAAGGAAAAACUAAGUCAGGGUAUUUUUGUUAGGUUUUCUACAUGACCACAAAAGGAAAUGGUGAAGUCAUUUCAUGGAUUUGCAUGGGCCACUUGCAAACAACCACCACCAUCCACGGGAAACUCUCCUUUUAAUGUUGGCUUGGAGGACAAAUAAGAAGUAAAAUGUCCUAUGAAAUAUUUUAUAGCACAUUGUGGAUUUGCAACUAGUAACAUUCUGAUGAAAUCACGCUGGUAAAGCACAUUUACAUGGUUUAAAUCAAGAAGGUGCAGUUCACAAAUAAGAUGGAACUCCAGUUGUUGAAGUUGAGGAGUUACUCAAGGUCCAUAAAGGAAAUACCAGGGCAAAGUGUUGCUGAUUAUCAAUACAAACUGGAUUCAUUUAAAAAACUACAUAUGGAAACUAACAUUGGAACCAUAGAUUUUUAAAAAUUAUUAUUUAUUUUUGCUCUAUUUAGGGGCAGUGAGUAGAUGAUGAGAUAGAUUUUAAAAAAUCUAAGGAUAUAAAACACCGCAGCUGACUUUGUGAUUUGUUGAACCAAGUCUAUGUUAGCUCUAGUCUCCUUCCAUUUAAAAAUAUUAAAUAAGAAUUGCUUCCUCCCCUUUUGUCAGGUCUACUUAGUGUGAAGCAUUGUUGAAUUUAGACUGCGUUGAUUCAUAGUCUGGAUAACAUGAAUCACUUCUCCUCCUCAUCAGAAUUUAGGGCAUAAAUUCAAUUUUAGGUCUACAUUUUGUAAGCCAGUUUGAAUUAUUGGUAUUUUAGUGCAAAAAGACUACAAAUGUGAGUGCAUUAUUUAUUUGCAAACUAUUUGCAUAAUUGUCUUCAUAGUUUAAUAUCCCCAGUGGUAUAAACUUAGUCUCUGAAAGACAGAGUGGAAGGUUCCCCCCUUUUCUAUCUACCAUGAUGUAUUCACUUUGAGAGAAAGCAUAUUCACACACACAUGCAAGCAUCCAUACGUUCACACACACAUAUACACACACACUCGAUUAAACAAAGCUCAUUCCUGUGCAACUAUGAAAGCUGAACCCACGUAACCUGGUAUUAAAAACAAAUAAACCUGUAACCAGUGUUAGAGAGCUGUAAAUGUAUUAUGUACUACCCAUUACACCCCGAUGUAAGAUAAGCCAGCUUAACUGGUUGCUGCUCAUAGUGCUCAUACCAGCGUGAGAUGUAAGCCUUACUCCCAAAUGCUUACCCCAAAUGAACAGAAUUGUUUUACUCAUUCUGAUUCCCUUCAGUGGACCAUGAGUGGAACAUGCUCAUACAAGGCAGAUUCAUACAAGUGAAGAGAUGUGAGUUAGUAGCUAUCUAUUUUCUUAGUAGCAGGUAGGACAAUUUAGAAAGCCAAACUCUGACAGACUUCAAGCAGCUAGAUGUGUUUACAUAUCAGAGAAGGGUAAAGGAAGCCUUUCAUUGUCAUUGUUCUUUGGGAUGCCUUAAUCUAAAAGGAGACACUGGAAAUCAUCAUCUUUGUGUUUUUUUUAAGUAUAGCCAAAAUUUAGGUAAACUGUGCCAAAAAGUUUCAUUUUUUAAAUAGUAGAAAUAGUACACAAUAUAGAUUAAAACAGGUGGCAGUUUUUGGUAAAUUAACUUAAAAGCUACCAAGAUAGCAAUGCCCUUGGAAAAUAUCUAUAUUAUUGGAAUAAGAAAUUUAUAAAUAAGAUAGAAUUUUGAGGUUUUUAUAGAAAGCAGCAGUUGAAAUAUGACUGGUUGACAUAACACAGAUUAUGCUAAUACUUAGAAUGUUAAGAAUUUGAGAGUAUUGAUUCUGUGCAGAACUGAUUUGCUAUUUUGAUCCCAUGUGGCAGCAAAAAUGUAGUGCAAAUCUACUAUUGAGUGAGCUGUGUCAAAUAUUCACUAUGUGCAGUCCUGAAUAUGUUUCCUCUUUUGAGCUGUUGUUAUUAAUAAUUACCUUAAAAAGGAAUACAUUUUAAUCUAUAUACUUCAUCAUAAAUAUAAAAGGGCUAAUGAAAAACACAUACAAAUGUUAAUAAAAUGUCACUCAAAUUAGUGCUUUGUUAAAAUGUAAUUAAUGAGCAACAUAAAGCCAAUGAAUCACAGUUCUAUUGAAAGUAUAUCUGGAAAUGUUACAUCUUGUAGUGACUCCUGGAAUAGAUUUGUGCAAUAGAUUUGUACAAUGUCGAGUCCAUAAAUCUGUGGCUUCUGAAAGGCAAAACCAAAAUAUCCUAAACUGAUAGUGUUUACUUGGACCAGUGAUUCUCAAACCGAGUGAUUCUCCUUCUGUAUUGGGUGAUGUUUUUGAUUGUCAUGAGUUGGAGGGUGUUACUGACAUCUAUCUAGUGGGUAGAAGCCAGGGAUCCUGCUAAGCACUCAAAAUGCACAGGUCAGAUUCCUCACAAAUAAAGAACUACUGAGUCUAACGUGUCAGUCAGUAGUGCUGAGGAUGAGAAACCCUGGAUUAGACCAAAAUAUUUUGAUUGUUCCAUAUUGUCUUCACUUAAGGAUACUCACAUGUGAUUGUGUCAUUCAAAGUCUGACUACAAGUUAAUGAGAGUAUUUUCUUAGAGUAGAUUAAAGUUGGGAUGACUCUAUAGUGACGAUUUACAGGUGUGGCAUCAUAUUUCCUUUAGUGUGGUUAGAUAGCUGUAACUAAACCCGAGACUGGGAGUGUGUGCUUGUGUAUGUAGACUAAACUUAUGUGUCUCUAUCCUUACUAAAAUAUGUGUGUUCCUAAAUGAGGGUCUGUCUAGAAUUGUCUUGCAGAGUACUCUGGAAUACUCUAUUAAGAAAUUGAGUUCUAAACUCUCAUCAUUUUAUUUAUUUUUUUUUUGAAAUUGAGGAUCUCAGAAUUGUGCCUCAUACUUUGCCAAAUUUAGUCAAUUAUAUUUUUAUAUUAAUGACUCUUAAGAUUCAUCUCAGAAGAUAUUCAGGUUAUGGUAAACACAUUCAAUAAGAAAUAUUUCAUCUCUUUCAAUGCAUCUGCCAAGAGAGGACGUCACUCUCAAACAUCAAUCUAAUUUUUAAAGUUUUUUUAGUGACAAAAAUUAGGUUGCUCCAUGAAGGCCGAAGUGGCGCUGAAAGGACUGAACAUGUGUUCCCAGUGGGGACUUUCUGUCAGCUCCGAUUGGAAAAUUGUGUCAAUGGUAAGAAUCAUGAAUGAGGAUGACUUCUGGUUAAUUUUGAUUACACUUUAGUGUAGAAUUCAGAUAGUUGAAGGAUUAAGUCAUUCCAUCAGAAAGAAAAAAGGAUUUUGUUUUACUUUUUAAUUUUUAAUUGAAUUUAUUGGGGUGACAUUGGUUAAUAAAAUUAUAUAGGUUUCACAUGAACAGCCCUAUAACACAUCAUCUGUAUAUUGUUUUGUGUGUUCAUCACCCCAAGUCAAAUCUCCUUCCAUCAUUCUUCUCCUCUCCUACCUUCCCCUGACCCCCUUUCGCUCUGGAAAUCACCAUGCUGUUGUCUGUGCCUAUGAGUUGGGAUUAAGCAAAAAUAAUACUAACUUUAUAUGACAGAUUUUUAUAUGGAAGAGGACAUUUGGGCACAUAACCUGUGUAAAGAAUAUUUGACCAGCAGUUUAUACAACAUUGUGCAUUUAAACUGCGUUUAACACCAGAAGUUAAACAGUGCUUCCUGGAUUCUGUUUCUGUUUAGUUCACUUUUAACUAUUGUAACAAAGGUAAAUGAUCCAAAAUGAUCCAGAUGAUCCCAAAUGUCAGAUAUUCAGACAAUGCUCUGUGUUUGGCUUUGUGAUGUUUCGUGCCCUUCUUUUGGCUAAAACCUUCACUUAGGUUAUAUACAAAUUGUACCUGAAGCAAUGAACAACAUAGCUUUAAAAUCUCAAAAAAUAGCUGAAGAUAUCCUAGAAUUCUAAAUUUAUCAUAAAUAUUUUUAGAUUAGUCAGAAGAUUUAUAGAAGUAUUAUAAAUGAUUCUAAAUGGGAACAACAUCAACAGCAUCCCUCUUGGCAGCAACGAUGGUAGUUGUACACUUUGUUACAAACUCUUCUGUGUGUGGAAAAUCGGUCAUGUAUGGUUUUAAUUUUUAUGUCUAAAAAUAUUGACCUUGUGACAUUUUUUAACUGACAAAUCCUUGUUAGGAGAUGUAAGAGGAAGAAAUGUCACAGUCCAUUGAAAACUGUAUGAAAUUCUCAUUGUGUUAUGUAAGAACCAGGGAAUAUAUCUGUUUUAUGUUUGCAGGAUUCCAAAGAUCAAAGCGAUAAGGAUUUUUGUGGGAACUUGAAAAGUAUGUGGAGAAAUAAGGACUGAGACCAAAAUUGUGCUUUGCGUUUCUUCAUCUUCCCAGUGUAGGGAGAGGUCGACUCUCUGAUUACGUGUCUGCUGAUGGGUACACAUCAGGGCUGGAAGUGGGUGCACGACUCCGGGUGCCUUCAGCUCAGGCCAGGCCUCUAACCUCCUCAACAGUAACUAUAAAUAUGACUAGCAGUUUUGACAACUUCGGUCCACUGUGUGCUAGGGAGUGAAUGAAGCAUGUGGAAAGGAGGAGGCGGCCUUGCUCUCAAGUUCUCAGCAACCAAGUGUCAGAGAAGUCUCUGCCCUUGACCUUGGCUUUCAAGUACUAUUUAUCUCUGUCCAGUCCCCUGGAAGCUGGCCUCACCCUGGAGUUGAGCUAGUAGCCUUGUGACUAGAGAGCUGGUGUGGAAAUUUGCUGAGAAGCUCAAAAUUUUACACUGCCUUAGAUAGAUUUUUGUUGCUGUUGCUGAUUUUUUUUCUCACACUUGUGCUCUCUAAAUUUGGGUAUCUUGUGACAGAAUGCUGGUCACCCUGACCUAAUUAUGGUCCUGCCAGUGAUUAUUCAAAGUGGAGCUUUUCCCCCCAUCCAGAUGGAUCUUCUGAGUCCUUGAAGGUAGGGAGAUAGCAAAUAUUCCACCAGUUCCUAUGGAGAAUUUUUUUUAAUCUCUGGAGAUGAACCCAAAGGAAUCCUGGAGCCUGGCAUGUCUGUUUAUAAACUAAAUAUUAGGCCACAAUAUUUAGGUUAAGCGAGUGGAAGAAGGUGUGUGUGUGUGUGUGUGUGUGUGUGUGUAUGAAUCUACAAUUGCCAUGACCUUUUUUCUUCCCUUCCUAAAACAGUGGAUACUAUUGGCUUUACCCCCAGGCUAGUCUCGUCCUUUGAAUUUUUUUACAUACAUCUUAGAAGUGAGACACUGAAGCAAGCGCAUGAAUGGGAGGCUCAUUAAAACACAACACAACCUCUGCUUGCCGUCGUCACAAUAGGAAAAUACGUGGUUAUGUUUCCUUCUAAUUUUCUUCUGGUGCCAGCAUUUCUGAUUUUUUGUAUUUGUAUCAAAUAAGGAAUAAAUGACUUAUUAUAAAUUGGCUUAUCAUACCUGUGAGCAUUUGUGUGAUAGCCAAAGCCUGUAACUAUAACUUUUCUAAAGCACAAAAGAUGAAAUAUAUUUUGUUUAUGGUUUACCUACCUCCUCUGUGUUCUUAUUGAUCUAUACAGUGUGCUGAAAUUCUUUCUGUUUGCUUUCCUGUUGAAGUUGUGGGAUGUAAUCAAUUGUUGCAAAGCUGUCUAGGAGUUUUAUAGAAUAAUACCCAAAUUUAUUGAUCAUGUCUCUCUGCUUUUAUGUAAUUCAUUAGAUUUUCUCCAGAUAUUUGUCAUUUUAAAAGCUUAUGCUUCACAAGAUACCAAUGAAUAUCUGCAAGAUGUGAUGUUAUCCAGGGUAGAGAAAAUCGAGAGUCAGAUAUGUCUGUUAUUCUCUGUGCAGCCAGAGAACGGAGAGUUAUAAUAUUAAAAAUGGUUUAACCAAAAUGAAAAAAAAGAGGAAGAUAAAAAUCAGGGUUUUAGUUGUGAAGGACCAUUCAGAGGGAUCUUAGGUGGCUGAGCAGAGAAUGCAGAGGUUUUUGUCCUUGAGUGCAGUCCCCAAAAUAAAGUCUUUACAGACAUUUUAAAGGCCAUGUACUGCCACGCAGCUGUUAGGACUAAUGGUGGAAGAUGCUGGAGGGAACAGUGUGGGAGCCAGGCUGUGAGGCUCUUAGGGAAGAAACCAGAAGAGGAGGGCCUGUUUAUCGACUGGGACCCUCACCGUCUAAAUGCUUCCCCUCUUCCCACCCUUCUCCAAGUUCUGCUCUCCUUGGUAUUUGAGCCUGGAUAUGAAACACUCCUGUUUCCAUAUUCCUUUCAUUUCUAAUUUGACCCAUACUUCCAAAAUAAGAUUAUUAUCUAGAUCUCCUGUCAUGACGAGGCAGCAAUAGUAGGAAAUGUCACCUUGAACCUGAUGCUUUGAAACAUGGUCGUGUAUCAUUUUAUGCCGUAAAGGGAUUUUAUAUUCAUUAUUAUGUAGGGAGACCCAGAUGUGUUUUUUUCCCCUAUGUUCUUAUGCACACACACAGACACGCACACUUCACAUUACUUAUGCCCAUUGAAAAGAGAAAGAUGGCUAUCUGAGGGAGGGUGGCAGAGGGUGCCUUAACGUUUUUCUGGCUUGGCUCCAACUUUCUUUGCUAUUUUCUUCAUGUACCCUAGUGGCUUUAGAGGUAUAACCACGUCUGUUCCAAGUUGUGUCUUUAUCAUCAGCAAGAAGUUUUAUAAAUGUGGUGAAUGUGACUAUUUUAUAUAAAUGCACAAUAGUAUGUAGGCCUUGGAGAUGUCUGAUAACGGUAUGUAAAUAUCCUUUGUGAAGCUAGAACCUUCUCACAGGGACAGCUGCAGGAGGGUGCAUAGAUUAAGAAUGUUUUCUCCAGCAGAUUCUGGCAUUCACAGAAGCGAAGAAUCUAUCUGCUUCUGUUCUCAUCUGUUCAUAACCACCCAUCCCCUGGGCUUUCUUGUUGGUAGAUUAGUGUAGACAUCCCUCAUAAAUUACAGGGUUCACGAUUUGGGAUGAUCGAGGGUCCCAGGGCACAUCAGAGUCAGGGACACCAGGGGGAAGAUGGAGAAAACAGACAAGGCUAGCUCUAGUGCAAAGCUUGCCUGAGUUUUAAAAAGUCUGGAAUAUUACUAGAACUCCAGUUCCCACACAGCAUAGUUGGUCUGAAAAGCUUUGAAAAAGGAAGUUUUUCUUUGAUCUCUAAUUUGAUUAUUGCACACGUUGUAUUAUUCCCCGGAUGUGCAAGCUGUUUUUCAAGAGCAGCUUUGCAGAGACUGGAGGUAAGGGGAAAACAGAAAAAUUCAAAUCUUCUUUUUCAUGUAAUGUAGUCUACCAGUCCACGAAUGCAAUAAUUAUGGAAAAGGUUUUAGCUUAGAAUACAAAAUGAAAUAACCUUUGAAGUGUGCAUGGAAAUACUUCCUCCUAAUAAAGCCACAUUCUGCUGACAGGAGGUGUAGGGAAAAUCAGUGCUUUUCAUUUCUUUCUUUCUUUUUUUCAUGUAAAAUAGAGCGGGUAAGAAAAAAAUCUGUAAUUGGUACUUUUUAUAGUGUGACUGGAAAAAACCGUACCUAUCUCUGUUGGUUCUGCUGAACUGUUUCUUUCCACAGAAUCUAAAUGCAAUGUCGUUGGAGAAGGUUUGCUAUAAAAAUAUGUCUUUUUCUUUGGUGUGUUCAUUGUAAUUAUGGCUGGUAGUGAGAAGGUUCCGUAAGUCUCAAUUUCUCUACCUCCCUUACUUGGAGAAAACUUGGAAAUGUAC